AUGGAUGAAGGACGUCACCAUGCUAGCCAGAAGGAACUUGGUUUUAGAAAACCCGAGAUCUUCAACGGUUCAGACCGUUCGAAGCUUAGGGAAUUUAUAAACCAAUGCAAGAACUACAUGGCCGGAAAUAGCCAUGUCUACCAGGAGGACAAUCAGAAGAUCGCAUUCGUGCUAUCGCACAUGCAAGGAGGAACAGCAGGAUCAUGGGCACAGAGCUUCAUAGAAACGGAACUCACCAAUGAUGACUUCCUUUCUUAUGGGAGUUGGAGAGACUUCAUUGCAAGUGUGAACAAAGCAUUUGGCGAUGAAAAUAUUGAAGAAACCGCUCGUACCUUGCUGCGUAACAUCAAGCAAGGAACUCGUACUGCGGACGACUACAUUGCCGAAUUCCGAUCGCUUGAAUCUAAGGCGAAACUAGAAGAUGCCGGAAAUAUCGAGUAUUUCAAGUGGGGACUUAACGACCCACUCCGACAAAGGAUAUAUGGGAUGGAAAGCAUGCCCAAGACACUUGACAAGUGGUACGAAUACGCCUCGCGGUUUGAUAACCAAUGGAGAUCUGCUCAGAUCUUCAAGCGAGGAGCCACUACGACGACGCGAGGAAAGGGCCGAUCUGUCCAUCGUCCCUACUACUCGGCUUCUGCAAAGGAUCCAAACGCGAUGGAUGUUGAUCGUGUCAAUAUCUCGCGCUUAUCCCCAGACGAGCGACAGAAGAGAAUGAAAGAAGGAUUAUGUUUUCUAUGCGGAAAGAAGGGCCAUAUAGCCAACGACAGACAAUCUCACCCCCAGUCUGGAAGUUUCACCCGUGCUAGAAUGAUACAGCCCGGGUUAGACACAGACACGAUCACAUGGAUCAAGAAGAUGCGAGAAGACCUCGCACAGAAGAAGGAGACGUCGAAGGAAGAAACCAGAGAGGAACAGAUCGCCUAUGUGCGAAACGUCUUCAACGACAUGACAGACGAAGAACGAACCCAAUUGGGAGAGAAGGAAGACGUUACAACAGAAGCCUUGAUCGACUCCGGUGCAGCCGAAACGUUCAUGAACAUUCGUUUUGCAGAAGAAAACGAUUUCAUUAGAUGGGAAUUACCGAAACCGAUUACAGUCAUGAAUGCAGAUGGCACAUCAAAUCAAAUGGGUACCAUUACUCAUUGCACCUGGAAGAUGAUGAAAAUCGGAGGAAGGAAGACACUUACUCGCUUCCUCUUGACCGGCAUUGGCAAAGAAAACAUACUUCUCGGCAUGCCGUGGCUUAAACGCCUCAAUCCGAUGAUCAACUGGGAAACCGGUGACUUUUGGUUUGGUAAAGAUGCCAAAUGGCCACCGAAACCCACCGUCGAAGAUGCACCAGACAAAGAAGUUUCGAUUUUCAAGGAAGAUGGACUCCCAGAGCUAAUCACCACCGAAACUUCCCCUACCUCAUUUGGGCAUUCAGAAUCUAUCAGAGAAAUCAUGACCGAUAACACUGAGCGUGGCGAGUUACCCGCAGUGCGGAAUGAUACCGAACUGGAUGACCUACCAUCAGAAUCCCCUAUGGAUCAGCUCGAUGAUGACGAUCUAGUUAUAUCCUAUAUCGCAGGAGAGCCAGUCAUUGGGAUAUUUGAACCCAUCAGGAAGGAGUCACCUUUGACGAAUGAAGAGACUGAAACCGCAGUCUUCACCAUACGAAGAGGCCCCGCCAUUGGAAGAAUGACACACAGUACUCGAUCCCCAUUAUUCUGUAACGCACAGAAUACGGUCUUUUACAAACCAUCCGGUAAAUCACAAGAAUUGGCACAACAGGCACACAAAGAAGCAUCAGCUGUAGACAAACCCAAAACCGUCGAGGAGUUGGUCCCCAACUACCUCCAUGAUUUGAAGUCCGUCUUUGAAAAGAAAGCAGCUGAACGCUUUCCAGAAACCAGGCCUUGGGACCACGCCAUUGACUUGAAACCCGAUUUUAUUCCACGCGACUGUAAAGUCUAUCCGUUAUCGCUCAAAGAACAAGGAGCGAUGGAUGACUUCCUGGAAGAAAAUCUGCGAAAAGGAUACAUCCGACCGUCGAAAUCUCCCAUGGCUUCACCAUUUUUCUUCGUAGGAAAGAAAGACGGAGCACUACGUCCUUGCCAGGAUUACCGAUACCUGAAUGAAGGGACGGUGAAAAACGCCUAUCCUCUUCCGCUCAUCUCUGACCUUAUGGAUCAAGUCAAAGGCGCAUCGAUCUUUACGAAAAUGGAUUUACGCUCCGGAUAUAACAAUGUCAGAAUCAAAGAUGGUGACCAAUGGAAGGGCGCAUUUAAGACAAAUCGCGGACUUUUUGAACCUAUGGUCAUGUUCUUUGGACUCCGCAACUCCCCGGCGACUUUCCAAAUGAUGAUGAACGCACUCUUCAAGGACAUGAUCGAUGAGGGAUGGAUAGUCAUUUACAUGGAUGAUAUCCUCAUCUUCUCAAACGAUUUGGAAGAACAUCACGUUCGAACCCGACGCGUACUCCAACGACUCAAAGACAACGACUUAUUCCUUAAACCGGAAAAGUGUUUCUUUGAUGUUAAAGAAGUCGAAUUUCUAGGCAUGAUCAUUCAAGAAAACUACAUUGGCAUGGACCCUAUCAAACUUAAAGGAAUUGCAGAAUGGCCUGAACCAAGCACGGUAAAAGGUGUUCGCUCUUUCCUAGGGUUUGGAAACUUCUAUCGGAAGUUUAUUGCCAACUUCUCGGAUAUUGCCAAACCAUUGACGAAUCUUACGCGCACUGCCGCUGGAUCUCCACCUUUUGAAUGGACGACAGAAUGUCAGACAGCUUUCAACACGUUAAAACAACGAUUCAGUACCGCCCCAGUACUGUUACUGCCUGACAAGGCAAAACCCUUUAUUGUUGAAUCCGACGCUUCCAAGUUUGCUACGGGUGCAGUUUUACGCCAAGCCGACAUCAAUGGAGACAUCCAUCCUUGUGCCUACAUUUCACAGACGCUCAAUCCAGCUGAACGAAACUACGAAAUCUAUGACCGCGAACUCCUCGGAAUCAUUCGAGCCCUCACUGAAUGGCGCCAUUAUCUUGAAGGCUCUCCUCAUCCCGUCGAAGUUCGCAGUGAUCACAAGAACCUCACGUACUUCCGUACAGCUCAGAAGUUAAACCGCCGACAAGCACGAUGGAGUCUCAAAUUAUCACAAUUUGAUCUUCACCUCAUCCAUGUCCCUGGCACUCAGAUGAUCCAAUCUGAUGCGCUAUCUCGUCGUAACGGACUCGAUGACAGUGAAAGUGACAACGAAGAUCGCGUUCUUUUACCCAACGCACUAUUCGUGCGAUCCAUUUCCCCGACACUAUUCGAUGAAAUCAGGAAUCACGCAGCAAAAGACCUCAUUGUUCACGAAGCCCUCGAAGCGAUUGCGCACAAAGGGCCAUUCCCCAUGAAAUCAUCGCUUUCUGACUGGGAAGUUCGCGAUGGUGUCAUCCUUUACAAGGGAAAGAUCUACGUUCCACCAUCUGAAACUCUUCGUCGUGACCUCGUUCGACUACAUCACGACUCCCCUGCCAUGGGUCACCCUGGAAAGUUCAAUACUCUUGAACUGUUACGUCGUGAAUUCUGGUGGCCCGGCAUGUAUACAUUUGUCUACAAUUAUGUUGAAGGCUGUGCCGCCUGUCAACAAAUGAAACCGAACACUCAUCCUACGCGUAUUCCUUUGGAACCAAUUCCCGCCGACCCACAUGCAUUACCAUUUUCCUGUUGCACCACCGAUUUUAUUACCGACCUUCCCAUUUCCAAUGGUUUUGAUUCAAUUAUGGUCGUAGUAGACCAUGACCUUACGAAGGGGGUGAUUCUUACGCCCUGCCUCAAAACGAUCACAGCUGAAGGAACGGCCAAGAUUUUUCAUGACAAAGUAUACUCGCGAUUUGGAUUACCCGACCGAAUCAUCUCAGAUAGAGGACCUCAAUAUGCAUCCAAGGUUUUCCAAGAGUUAAAUCGACUACUCCAGAUCAGAUCAUCAAUGAGCACAGCUUAUCACCCUCAGACGGACGGAGAAACAGAGCGAGUCAACCAGGAGCUGGAAAUCUAUCUUCGACUCUAUUGCGGAAACAACCCUGAAACAUGGGCCGACCGCCUGCCAGACCUCGAGUUUUGUCAUAACACAAGGGAACACUCGGCACGGAAGAUGAGCCCAUUCCGCAUCAUGAUGGGAUACGAACCACGUGGACUCCCUUCCGUAUUCCCGACCACGAACAUUCCAUCAGUUGAAUCCAGGCUUGACAUGUUGCAGAAGAUAAGACUAGAAGCACUAGCCAUGCACGAGUUAGCCCGACAACAGAUGGCGGACCGAGUCAGACAAGGAUCGCCGAAGUUUACACUAGGACAGAAGGUCUGGCUAGACUCGAGGAACCUGAAGGUCAAUUACGCCUCGCGCAAGAUAGCACCAAAGCGUGAGGGGCCAUUCGAAAUUGUCGAAGUCAUCGGACCAGCCAACUAUCGUCUCAAACUCCCGAAGACCUGGCGAGUUCAUUCCGUAUUCCACGCCGCCCUUCUAUCUCCUUAUCGCGAAAACAACAUACAUGGUCCGAAUUACGUGAACCCACCACCUGAUGUCGUUGAUAACGAAGAAGAGUACGAAGUCGAAGCCAUCCUGAAUCACAAGACGUACCGAGGUCAUCUGAGGUACUUGGUCAAGUGGAAGGGAUAUUCUUCAGCAGAAAACUCGUGGGAACCUACCCACAAUUUACAGAAUGCCAAGCGAAUCCUCGAUGCAUAUAAAAGGACCAGGAGAAUCCAGUAG